AUUUUGCCAUGGAAACAGGAGACUUACAGUCCAAAACAGCUUGUCAAUUUUAAUCUUUCUCCUUAAUCAUCUCUAUUGAACAUUUAUGACUAUGAUGGACGUGACAGCUGGUCUGGACAGUUUUUCUUUUGAGGCUGGACUGACUGAAGAAGAGAAAAAGUUCAUUUAUCUUCGUUCACGCGCCGCUGGACUGACAUUUUGCGGGUGCGCGCACGCAGUCUUCCUGUGCAAACUCCUCCAGUCUCUGAGAGCUACCAUCAAGAGUCACUCUACAACCACCAGAGACUCUCCAACAUCAGAAGAAGACAGAGAUCUCUGCGUGGGGAUAGUGGGGAUAGGGCACCUGGGGAAACAGCUGCUCAGGUCCCUUCUUGAAAAGUCUGGCAUCAAACCUUCAAACAUUAGGAUUUCCAGUAGAAGAACAGAAUCAACAGCCGAGUUUAUUCAGGCUGGAGUCGGGUGUUUCAUCAACAUUGGCAGACUGGCAGCGUGGGCAGACAUAUUGUUCCUCUGCUGUCUGCCUUCACAUCUCCCCAAAGUCUGUGCUGAUCUCCGCUCUCACCUGUCAAAACACUGCCUCGUGUACAGCUUCGCCUCAGCCAUGCCUCUCACCAGAUUGGCACACCUUCUUGGACAUGACUUCAUUCUCAAACCACAAUAUGUGACCGGUGAUGCUGUGGGUGUAUGGCAGUCCUGCACUGAUAUGAAAACAGCUUUGAAGGAUCCUUUGCUGAUAGAGGCGUCUUGUCCUCUUACAAUGAGCAGUGGGAUUUCUCUGGGUCUGAACUGGGUGUGUGCAGUGCUGUAUAGCCUGCUAAAUAUCUGCUCGUCUGCCAGUCUUGGAUCCAGCGAUGCUCUCUGUCUGAUCAACAGCAUCCUUCAAGAGACAGGAGCACACAUGGACGAACUAAAGUCACAGACUUUCAUCUGUGCAUCGUAUGCAUCUUCUCUUCUUCCAGAGGAGCCCUUUCCCUGGAUUUCUCUCACUGAUGCCCAGACCAAGGACACCCCUCUGCAGUGCUGUCUAUCUAGCAACAAACCUAUGCAACAGAGCAUCUCUGCAGCAUACAAACAUAUGCUGCAAAAUUAGAUAUUUGCACUCUAGUUAAAAAAUGUAACUGUAUACUUUCUCAGGAUUUCAUCCCAGAUACUAUUUUAACAUCUUUUUGUAAAAAAUGCAGCAGUAUUUGAUGGUAUACAUUUCAAUACACUGUAAAUAAAACAAAAAAUUAUGAACAUG